AUGGCAAACCGCUACCAUACGGACGAUCUGCGGCUUGCGUGGUUCAGUCGGAUCAAAUUCCGCGCUCUAAGCAAUGCCGCAACGCGAAACGACAGCCUCCAUUCCUGUUUCCGCCUUCUCCAAGCCAGGAUCUACCGCUGCAGGCGACGGUCUGAUCAAACUAUGUACCGUUGGUGCAGUGAAGUGCCGUCCGGUAGCUAG